CCAAUAGAAGUUUCUUGUUCCAUUUGUUUGUGUGAUUACAUGGCAGAUGAUCGGGUCCGUACCCUCUCUUGCAACCACGAAUAUCAUGCAGAAUGCAUAGAUAUUUGGCUGACAAGCAAGUCAACACAAUGCCCACUGUGUAAGCACGAUCUGUUUGGUGAUGUAGAGAUGCCAUCCACACGUAUGUCUGUGUCAAGCUCACAUUCAUCCUCACCAUGCCUGCGGUAGUCUUAG